GAAUCAUUCUAACGAGUCGACUCACGAGAACGAUUCCUUACAGAAUCGGACACCAUUUGCUGCCUUAGCGAAAAAGGCUGCAGGGAACAAUCUAGAGCUUUCAAAUGUUUCUUCCCUUUACGUUGCUUAAGGCAAAAUGUCAUCCAGCGAUUGUUUCACGUACUUUGCUUAUGGCAGUAAUUUACUGAAAGAGAGACUGCAACUAAAAAACCCAUCAGCUGCGUUUCACUGCGUCGGCAGAAUACAGGGCUACAGGCUGAAUUUCGGUCUUUCGGGCGACCUCGCUAACUGCGCUUGGCACGGUGGAGUGGCCACCAUACAGGAGAGUGAAGGAGAUGAGACUUGGGGAGUCGUGUGGAGGAUAGACAACCAAAACCUGCCCAGUUUAGACAGACAGGAACAGGUUCAUGAAGGUGUGUACAGCCCAUUAGAGGUAAAAGUGGAAACAAAGGAAGGGCAGCUUCUCUGUCGGACAUAUAAAAUGAACAAUUUCAGACCCUGUUCACCUUCACCGCAGUAUAAAAAGGUUGUGUGUUUAGGAGCUCAACAGAACAGCUUGCCUCAAAAAUACAUACAGAAACUUCUGGCACUGGAGACAAACAACUACAGUGGCACCUCCAUAUUAGAUCAGAUUACAGACAUACAGGAAUGACCUGCAUGAAAUGACCUACAUUUUUUCAAGCUUAUCAAGUCAAUUAAUCAUAAAUAAAGUCCUGGACUUCAACCCAAUGUUAGUGUUGAAAUUUCUUUUGUAAUAAGAACUGAACAGAAGAUACAAUGAUUGUCAUAAUCAGCUUGUAAAAUGAUGAUGGGUAAAAUGAUGAUGGUAAAAUGGGGCACCAGAACAAAUGACAGUUCUGAAGAAGAAACAAAAGGUUUCUUUGUCUGGCUUUGGAUCAAGUAUUGGAUUAUGGAAAGUUCCACAAACACAUCUGUGUGUGAUGAUCACUAAGGGUUUGUGUCUGUUGAUUCUGUUGAAUGUGAUGCCUGAUCCAGAGAAGGUCAGACUAACAUCUAAAACCUGUGAGUAAAACACAGACAGUCAAAUGGGGGUGACAUUAAUGCAUUAUCCACUUUAGAAAAACUAAAACAAACUUAGCUCUAUUAAAGGUGAAGUCCACUUCCAGAACAAAAAUUUACAGAUGAUGUAUUCACCCCCUUGUCAUCCAAGAUGUUCAUGUCUUUCUUUCUUCAGUCGUAAAGAAAUUAUGUUUUGGGGAAAACAUUUCAGGAUUUUUUUCCGUAUAAAGGACUGAUAUGGUACCCCGAUUUGAACUUUCAAAAUGCAGUU